GUGACUACCACAGGUAGUUUGUUUAGUCCUUUGUUGAUUUUGGUAGUUUGGCUACAACACUAGUCCUGCUCCUCUAGAACUAUAACCCUUAACUCAGAAGCCAUGAUCCAUGAUAUGAAGUGCUCAGAGGGUCAUCUCUGACUUUUGAGAGACAUCCAAUAGAGACGAGAACAUUCGCAUGACUUGGACAAUGUGAUCCACGCUCGUGUGUGCCCAACUGAUUUUGAAACAGGAAUAGCAACGUGCACAGUAUGAGACCUUUCUAUGAAAAGGGCAGCGCUUUGACCUACAAGGUUGAAGGAUAUUGGUCACGCAGUCAUAGAAUUCGUUGGCCUCAACCGAUCAUGAUUCAUUGAUACCGAAUGGCGGUGUUAUAGAUAAUGACAAUCACCGGAGUAGUAGCGAUCUUCAUGGCUCCCUCUCUUGGUGUCCCUGAUAUGUGGUAUAGCUUUGGUAUCUUGAUUGGUUCGUUCGCAUAGGCUUACUUUAGUACCCACUAUUUGGAUAAUUUCUAGUCGGGUGGACAUCCCCCCUGCUGGGGUUGGCGUUGCAUCUCAAGUAUUUAUACCCAGUCCAUGACCCCCCCAUCAAUUUAUCCAUACUACUCAAUCCAAAGGGCGUCUUCCUUAUUCAUCGAGAGCAUUAGUCUUGAAAGUAUUGACCAUGUCUACUACAAGCUAUAGCAUUCCGUCUGACUCAUGGGUCCUGGUGACCGGUGCCAACGGCUUCAUUGCCACCCAUGUUAUCGAGGCCUUCUUGGCCCAAGGCUACAAAGUCCGGGGCACGGUGCGUUCGGAGAAGCCAUGGGUUGACGAAUACUUCAAGGGAAAAUAUGGGCCAGCCAACUUCGAGACAGUACUCGUGCCAAAGCUGGAGGAAGACGGGGCGUUAGAUGGGUGCUUGACAGAUGUGGGCGGGAUAGUGCAUGUGGCAUGCAAUAUGUCGUGGACUGCCGAUCCGCACAGUCUCAUUCCCGAGGUGGUCAGAGCAACCUUGAAUGUCCUCUCUGCUGCUGCGCGAGCGAGAUCCGUCCAGCGGGUUGUUCUGACAUCUUCUGUGGUUACGGCCUGUUCUCGAUGUCCCGGCACAGGGGAGAUCACGGACUAUGUUGUGGAUGAGAACAAAUGGAAUAACUCGGCUGUUGCCGCUGCCUGGGAUCCAACGACUCCGGACCCCAUCAAGCCAGGUAUGGUGUAUACGGCAGCAAAAGUGGAAGCCGAGCGGGGGGCUUGGAAAUGGAUGGCGGAGCAUAACCCACAUUUCGUGUUGAACACCGUACUCCCCAACGCGAACUUCGGCAAGAUCACGUUCCCCGGCAAGCAAGGCACUUCGAUGGCGGCGACACGCUUACUGCUCGAGGGAAACGAUGUGGCCACAAAGCUCAUGCCCGCACAAUGGUACGUGGAUGUUGAAGACACCGCACGACUUCAUGUCAUUGGACUUUUAGAUCCGGAGAUCCGGUCGGAGCGUCUGUUUGCCUGUGCCGGUCCGUAUACUUGGACCCAGAUCGUGAAGAUUAUGCGGAAACUCCGACCAGAUUGCUCAGCGAUACCGGAUGUUCAGGAGGAAGAUGAUAUUCGCCCCUUUGAGAUUGCAGCUUCGAAGCGAGCCGAGAAACUCAUCCAGGGCUUCUACGGAAGGCCUGGGUGGACAUCGCUGGAGGAAUCUUUGGCUAGGGGGCUGUCAGAUUCAUUGUAAAGGCCAGGUAUUGCAGGAUCCAGGCAAUUGGGGCUGUUUUGCAGCCUUAGC